UCUCUUUUUCUCUCUCUGUAUAUAUAAAUAUAUCAUCGAACAGCCCUAACACUCUCAUUCCAUCUUUCAGUUGCAGGAUCUGGCAUUGAAAACCCUAAUUGAUCGGUCUCGACAUUCAAAUGGAGUUUUGGGGUGUUGAGGUCAAAGCAGGAGAGCCUCUUGAGGUGGUACCUGGGGAUGACAUGCUUGUUCACAUUUCACAGGCUUCUCUCGGAGAAAUCAAGAAGGACAAAGGAAAUGAGUUGGUUUGUCUAUAUGCAAAUAUUGGUGGGCAGAAGCUUGUUCUUGGAACACUUUCUGCAGAGAAAUUCCCACAGAUCUCGUUUGACUUGGUGUUUGAAAAAAAAUUUGAGCUAUCCCACAACUGGAAAAAUGGGAGUGUGUACUUUUGUGGAUAUAAAGCUGCUAAUUCAGUGGAAUCUGAAUCAUCUGAUAGUUCUUCUGAUUCUGAUUCUGAAUUUGAAAUUGAUAUUCCACAUAAUACCACUGUGGAUAAUGAUUUUUUAGGGAAGCCUCAACAGCUUAAGCAAGAGAAACCUGAGUCUGCUGCAGCUAAGCAGGUGAAGAUCGUAGAACCAAACAAAGAUGCUAAACCACCCAAGGAAAAUGAUGAUGAUAGCGACAAAGAUAGUGAUGAAUCAAUGGAUGAUGAAGAUGAAUCAUCUGAGGAUGAGGAUAUGGUCAAUGAUAGAAGUGCAAGCUCAGAGGAUGAAGAUGAUGAUGAGAAUGAAGACAAUGAGGAUGACAAAAAUGAAAUCUCUAAGAAGAAAGAGACACCAAAGAAGGCUGGACCAAGCAAGAAAAGACCUACAGAGUCUGUUUCAAAAACACCUGUUCCUGAUAAGAAGGCAAAAUUUGUUACUCCCCAAAAGACUGAUGGCAAAAAAAGUGAUGACAAAAAGAGUGGUGGUCAUGCAGCAACACCUUACCCUUCAAAGCAGGCUGGAAAAACUCCUGCGAACACAGAAAAACCUAAGCAGCAGGUUCAGAAAUCUGGUGGAUCAUUCUCUUGCAAGUCUUGCAACAGGUCAUUCAAUUCUGAGAAUGCUCUACAAAGUCAUAGCAAGGCCAAGCACACUGCUGCUAAGUAAAGAGAGGUAAAUCCAGUAGUUCCUUGUGUGAAGCUCAAACUUGUCGUUUUAGCUGGUGAACUGAGUCAUCGUCUUAAUGUCCGUGGAGUUUAUUACUGAAAACUUGGUGGGAUGGAUUUUGGUGUUAUUUUUACCUCUUGUUGAUGAAUGUCUCUUGGUCAUCUGUUAAUAUAAAAUAACAUCCAUUUUCCUUUCAUAAAGAUUUGCGGAGAUGAGCUUGUGUCUUGGGGGUGGGUUGGUAUGGCUCGCUACCUGUAAGAAGAAAUAUCUAUCCAUGCCUAGGAAACUAGGUAUGUUUCUGAGUAUACCAACCAUUGAUUUUAAGAAUCUCAAUGGCCAAAUUUAUCUCAUUAAA